UGCUUGCCCGAGCUGUCUGUACGAUAUCAUGUCGCCGCGGAACGCUGAUGAGGAGACACCGCUGCUCGCCCAUGAGCAGCGUAAGAAGAAGCAGACCCCGAUACCAUGGGCUCAGUUUUCUAUAGUGUUGUUCCUGCAGCUAGCAGAGCCUUUGACGUCUCAGGUCAUCUACCCGUUCACUCCUGACCUCAUUCGGAAUGUCGGGAUAACCCACGGCGACGAGACGAAAGUCGGGCACUAUGUCGGGAUGUUGCAAUCUCUAUUCUUCGCAACGCAGGCAUUGACUGUCCUACACUGGAGUCGUAUAUCCGACCACGUAGGGCGAAAGCCGGUCAUCUUAACUGGCCUCGCCGGCCUCUCAAUAUCCAUGUACUGUUUCGGCCUCUCUCGGACAUUCUGGGGCUUAGUACUGAGUCGCUGCCUGAAUGGAGCCCUGAACGGCAACAUUGGUGUCAUCAAGAGCAUGAUGGCUGAGCUCACAGACUCUACGAACAUCGCCCGAGCAUACGCUUAUAUGCCUAUCGCGUGGUCCACUGGGGGGACAUUGGGUCCCAUCAUCGGUGGCAUGCUUUCACGACCCGCUGAACGAUUCCCUAAUAUCUUUGGGCAUAACGAAUUUCUGAUAAAGUAUCCUUAUUUUCUCCCGUGUGCCGUCCCGGCGACGUUCACGGUCAUCGCAUGGCUAGUAACCUUCUUCUUCCUCCAGGAGACCGUGAAAUCUCCGAAAUCCAUAGGUCGUAUGUUCAGGCUGCGGGAAAGCAAAGAGAACCUCACCUACCAAAAUGUCACCGGCAUACAGAGGCAGCCGACGCAACAAUCUGUACCUACGAAGGGUAAGCUCGCGGAGGAAAAGGAGGAGCCGUUGCCGCUGCACGAGCUCAUGACCCCGCGCGUCCUCGUAUCUGCCGCCAACUACGCCUUCCUCGCCAUCGUCGACAUAGCGCUGCGUGCCGUGCACCCGUUGUUCCUGUCCACGCCCAUCGAACUCGGCGGUUUGGGGCUCCCUCCCCACUUCAUCGGGGUCGUAUUGUCUGGGUUUGGUAUCCUGAACGGUAUCUUCCAGAUAUUCUUCUUCGCCAAGAUCCACGACAGGUUCGGGACGAAGAACGUGUUCAUUGUCGGCUUGGCGGCUACGAUGCCGGUGUUCGCCAUGUUCCCUUUCAUUAACUGGGUGGCCAGGGCCGAAGGGCUCAGCCUGCUCGUCUGGGCUCUCGUCGCGGGCCAAGUUAUCAUAUCAAUCCUCACAAGUCUAUCAUACGGUUGUAUCUUUAUCUACAUCACUGCAUCCUCCCCGAACAAGGCAUCCAUUGGCGCCACGAACGGCCUCUGCCAGAUGACCGUCUCCGUAAUGCGUGCCAUCGGCCCCGCCGGCGCCAACUCGCUCUUCGCACUCUCGAUAGACCCUGCGCGGCAUUACCUCGGUGGGCAUCUCGUGUACUACGUCCUGGAGGUGCUCGCGUUUGUCUCGAUUUGCGUGGCGCUUCUGUUGCCCAAGCAGGUUUGGGCGAGCUAGAUGGGCAGGGACACAGCUCCUAUUUUCAUUUGAUGUUCAGUUCGGGUCUUACCGAGAUAGAUUUGUGGAUUUUACUUUUCCUGUUGUACUAGAUAAUACACAGACACGACUG